AUGGCGGACAAGCUGCUCCUGAAUGUGCGGACAGCCUUUGUGGAGCGUGUGAGCAAGCCGGUGAUCUCUGGGCUGCUGGACGAGCUGCUGGCCCAAGGGGUGCUGAACCUCGAGGAGGUGGACGAGGUGCAAGAUAGAUACAUGGUGCGCGCCGACAAGGCCCGCUGCCUCAUCGACAGCGUGCGCCUGAAGGGCUCCAGGGCCAGCCGGCUCAUCAUCAACAGCCUCAGGAAGCGUGAUGGCACCUUGGCUGAGCAGCUGGGUCUGACCGCUGAAUCGGGGUCCCCUGGUGUGCAGCUGGCCUCCCCCGACACCAAGGCCCCCACUGGGCCCCCCAUCGGCAUCGAGGGCCAGCAGUGGAUCCAGCAGUGCUCUCUGAGCGAGUACCAGCGCAUCAGGGACACGGAGGGAGACCAGAUCUAUCCCAUCCAUCUACCGUGGGAGACGCGAACCCGUAGGGCUCUGCUUAUCUGCAACAUUGAGUUUGAGCACUUGAGCCGGCGGGAUGGGGCUGAAGUGGAUGUGGAGGGGAUGAUGAAGCUGCUGGAAGGGCUGGGCUACGUGGUGGACGUCCAUCGCAACUUAACUUCCCAGGGGAUGGCUACGGUCAUGAAGGAUUUUGCGAAUCACAAAGAGCACUGGACCUCUGACAGCACCUUCCUGGUCUUCAUGUCCCAUGGGGUCAGGGCUGGGCUCUGCGGGACCAAGAGCAAAGGCGAGACCACAGACAUCCUUUCCGUCGACACCAUCUAUGAGAAAUUCAACAACAAGUGCUGCCGGGCGCUGCUGGGCAAACCCAAAGUGGUCAUUAUCCAGUCCUGCCGUGGAGGCAAGGUAGGGUCCGUGAUGGUGAGCGACCCCGCAGACCCUGCCAUGCCCACUCCCGGCUCGGCUCACGCGAUCCCUGCAGGGCUGGAAGAUGAUGCAAUCUGUGAAGUCCACCUGGAGAGUGAUUUUGGCACUUUACAUUCCUCCACGCCUGAUACUGUCUCCUGGAGAAGCUCAGUAACGGGCUCCCUUUUCAUCCAGCACCUGAUAGAGCAGUUUCGAAACCACGCCUGUAACAGCGACUUACAGGAGAUCUUCCGAAAGGUCCAAUAUUCCUUUGGAAAAUUCCCUCGGCAGUUGCCAUCACAAGAACGGACUACGAUGCUCAGGAAGUUCUACCUCUUCCCAGGCCACUGA